AUGUGUAAGAGCGAGGAGGAGUCCGCGGUUGAUGGGGAGACAGUGGCCACUUCCCUCUCGAGGCCGAGUUCUCCGCGAGGCCUUGCCUACCUGGCCUCUCGCCGAGGAAGCAGAGAAUCCAACAUAUCAAACGUAUCCAACGAGGAGUUGGCACCUCUUAACUUCACCAACACAGCUCGUGGCAGACAACGUCGGACCUCCAACUUCCUCGAACUUCCAGUCCCUGACCACAUAAGGCCGAGAGUCUGCAGUCUACCGGAGAAGCCGUACAACCCUCGGUCGGGUGAUGAGCUCUACCGCCUACGGACCUUCAGUAUCACCAACAAGGGGGUGGUCAACUACGGGGACAGCAUCAUCAAUAGACGGUCCAGGUCUAACACUAGCGUCAACUCCACCGCCAGCAGGCACAGCAACCACAGUGGUAUCAGCAACAACAGUCCCUGGGAAGGUAGUUGUUGUGGUAGCAGCUACAACAACGUGAGCACAGAGACAAGUGGAGAAGAGGUUGCCAAGUACAGGGUCGUGUUGUUGGGGGACUCCGGUGUGGGGAAGACUGCCCUUGUCUCUCAGUUCAUGACCUCAGAAUACAUGAACACUUAUGACGCCUCUUUAGACGACGAGUUUGGGGAGAAAACAGUAUCCGUUUUGCUGGAUGGGGAAGAAUCUGAAAUGGUCUUCAUUGAUCAUCCAAGUGUCGAAAUGUCGGUGGAGAACUCUCUGUCAACGUAUGAGCCACACGCUUGCGUUGUUGUCUACUCCAUCGUGAACCGAGCCUCCUUCAAAGUUUCCGAGGAUAUCCUCAACUACUUGUGGAGGGAAAGUUAUACCAAAGACAAGAGUGUCAUCGUAGUGGGCAACAAAGCUGACCUGGCGAGGUCAAGGGUCAUAACUGCCAACGAGGGCAAAGCUCUAGCGGCAUCACGAGACUGCAAAUUCAUAGAGACCUCGAGUGGUAUCCAGCACAAUGUGGACGAGCUGCUGGUCGGUGUCCUGAAGCAGAUCCGACUGAGGGAGACUAGGGAAAAGAAGCGCGCGAAACGUGGCGUCAAGCAACUCCAUGGCUCUAAGACGUCACUGUCGCUCAAUAUUGCUCGCGAGAUCCUCCACAAGAUGUGUCUCACUGACAACAAGUCCAAGUCCUGUGAGAACCUACAUGUUUUGUGAGCAGAGGACAGUCCGAGAAAGCCUCGUAGAGUUUAUCGCAUCGACCGUCAGCGUCAGACAGUCGCUCGGACCAACAACUACAUUCUAAAACC